UUGAAUAUUUAUUUAAAUUUACGAUAAGAUAGUGUUUAUAUCACAGGCGGGAUUUUGAAAUUAAAUUAUGAUAAUUUUUAAGAGUUAAAUCAAUUUAAUAAAAAUGUCGUUAAUUAUAUUAGUCCGAUAGAAUUUAAUCCCGAUUCGGGAACCGGUAGCAGGAAAGAAACACGUAACCACGUGUUUUCCAUUACUUUUUUCUUUAAAAAUGAAUAGGGAUUUACGUAUUGUGGCGAAAAUUAUAGAUUCUUGUAAAUUAACAUUAUUACGCAGGGCAGUCGUUAGUGUUUAAAGUAUAUUUGGUGUUUCUAUAAAUAUGAAUUUACAGAUUAAAUCGUAUCUCUGAUCGAUACGGAACUUUGCCGUGAUUGUAGAUAUUUCUAUAGUAACGUCAAUUAGAAAAUGAUAAGCGUGUUGUAUUGAUUAUCGCGAAGUAAUUACACGCAAAGAUGUCGAUAUUAAAAUUCAACGCCGUUAUAAUGGGAGGCCCGGGAUCGGGAAAGGGUACCAUUUCCUCUUUUAUAGUAAAGCACUUUCAGUUAAAACAUAUUUCUAUAGGUGAUAUGUUAAGGAAUGAAAUACAAGAUAAAACAGAUGCCGGAAACGAAGCAAAAAAGUUUAUCGAGAAAGGAAAAUUAGUUCCCGAUGAUUUAGCAAUAAGAUUAUUUUCUUCACAAAUAUCUUCUUUGAUAAAGAGUAACAGUCCUAGCUUAUUACUUGAUGGAUUUCCUCGUACCGUUCCACAAGCAAAAUAUCUGGAUGAAAUUCUUCCGGUUUCUUGCGUUAUUAAACUGGAUGUUCCAGAUGACAUUAUCAUAGAGAGAGUGAAAGGAAGAUAUAUACAUCUUUCAAGCGGAAGAGUUUAUCAUACUGAAUUCAAUCCACCUAAAGUAGCCGGUAUUGACGAUGUCACAGGUGAACCAUUAAUUCAACGGGACGAUGACAAACCUGAGACGAUAAAAGCAAGGUUGGAUACUUAUAGAAAGGAAACACAAUUAGUGUUGGAUUAUUAUAGUGAAAAACAUCUUUUACAUAUAUUUUAUGGAAAAGAAUCCAAAGAAAUAUGGCCAAGAGUAAAAAAUAUGCUAGAACAGUUAUUUCCAAAAUAAUUACUGUUUUACAGUAGCAGGGGUAAGAAAAAAAUAUAUAUAUUAUUGUGGAAAGUGUCCUAUCUAAAUUGUUUUGUGGUGUAAUCAAGCUAUAUUAGAUACUCUUACAUCUAGAGAUUACAGGUGAGAAUUAGUAUUAUUUUUAGAAAGAAGAUAACUUAUCUUAUAAUUAUAUACAUAAAUUUGUAUAUUUUUUAUAUGCUGUGAUCUUACAAGAUAAUAUACUGUAGUUAAAUUAUUCUAAAAUUUAGAUAGAUAUAGAUCACUAUUGCAAAAGAGAAGGGAAAAAAAUAUAUAAAUAUACAUUAUUAGAAGUAGAAAAUGUACAUUUUGUCACAUUUGUUAAUCAGUCAAACCAGAAGUAUCAAAAAUUGUUGUUGUUUGGUACUACAGUUAGAAAUGACAAAUGCUCGUUUUUGUGUUCAGAUUACUUCCUUUCAUUCCAGAUGCUCUAUUAUGAGAGAUACUUUGGAAAAGAAAACAAUAAUUUCAAAAAUUAAUGCAAAUGAUUUUUUUACAUUUUUCAUUUAAAAGAAAUCUCUAUAAGAUAAAAUGUUGAUGCUACUAUUUAAAGACAGCCAUAUUUAUUUUGAUAAAAUGUUACAAAAUACCAUAAAAUUUAUUUAAGAAACAUUUUAAAAGUGUUCAGAUUGUUUAAAUACUUUUUAUAAAAUGUAUAAAUAAUGUUGUUAAUAAUAUCAAAGUAUUGUGGAUAAAAGUUUUAAUUAUUGAGUGCAUUGUGUAAAAAAUCUCUAUAAUGAAAAUUAAGAUAAACAGAUUUAUAAUUUUAAAUUCAAAAUUUAGGGACGCCAAUAUUAAGCAAUUUUUAUAACAUGUGCGCGCGCUCGCUUCCCAAUUUCGAGUAAAAUAAAGCAAAGUUCAAGUGUCAAUAUUUAAGAUAAAUGAAUAUCAAUAAAUUAUUUUUAUAAAGAAAGUCUCAUCAUAUAAAUUUGUAAGCCUAUUUAAAUAUUGCCAUAUGUUCAUACGAGCAACUGAUUUUUGGAUUUGCAGAUUAUAAAUUAAAAAGCCUUUUAAUUUUUAAAAUAUUUGGAGGGAGAUUUUAAAUUUCUUAUGCUGUAUUAUUGUUAUUCGACGUUAAUCCUUUGAUCGGGCAUAGAACAAUUAAAAAAAUAUAUUGGCAUUGUAAAGAAUUUUUAUUAUAUUUUUAUAGCAAAUUUCUUAACAUUCGUACUGGGAUGUUAAACGUUUUGCUUUAUUCUACUAAAGAAAUUAGAUUGAUGCUCAAAUGUUGUCUGCAUUAGCUGGUUAGUGUUCUACCAUAUUAUCCAAGGCAAACCUGUAAGUAAGUGUGCUACUUUUCUUGUAAAUUGUAAAAGCUUUAUCACAAAUGCACAAUGUAUAAAUACUUUAGUACUUUUAACCUGGAUGACUGGUAUCGGACUGUCUUUUUUUUUUUUUUUCUUAACUUUUCCCCAUCCAUCACAGGUUUGUUAAGCUGCCCAUGAAAAAUGACGAAGUAGCUGCAAAACGUAUAAAGUGACAAAAAUUUCUGAGAGACAGAUUUAAAAUAAUCACGGACAAAAAAGUGCGAUAUAUCUAAAUCCACAAUAUAACAAGAGGCUACUGUAUUACAAUAUCAUAUGUAAUUUCAUUUUGGUUAAAAAAUGAAUACUAUUUUAGAGAACAAAAUUUAAGAUUAAUCCUUUUACCAGUACCAACAUACAAAAGAGAAUUUCUUGUGCUCAAUAACCUUGACCUUGGUAAAGCCCUUUGGCAUUGCAGGCUAAAACAUUUUAACAAAUUUCAUUAAUUAAAAAUUAUAGAACUAUUAUUAAUAUGAUUUACACAAUGCAUUCAAUGUAUUGUUUUCAAUUUUGUAUUUCACGG